AUGCUUUGUCCCUUUCUCCUCUUCGCCCCCAAACAGGUGUUCAACUAUGACUUUGGGUCUAUCACUACAGAGUCACCCGUCAUCAAGUCUGUGUACGGCGUGCUCAAGGAGGCCGAGCACCGCUCCACGUUCUAUAUCCCCUACUGGAACGUCCCCCUCCUGCGCGCCGUCGUGCCCCGUCAGCGUCAGUUUGCUGCUGACAUGGCGGUGAUUGAUGCGACGCUGGACGACCUGAUCAGGAACGCGCGGGAGACGCGGCAGGAGGACGACUUCGAGGCGCUGCAGGCCAGGGACUACUCGCAGGUCAAGGACCCCUCGUUGCUGCGCUUCCUGGUGGACAUGCGCGGGGAGGACGCGACCGACAAGCAGCUGAGGGACGACCUCAUGACGAUGCUCAUCGCCGGGCACGAGACCACCGCGGCCGUGCUGACGUGGGCGCUCUUCAGUGUGGCCCAGGCCCCGGCUGUUGAGGCCAAGCUGCUUGCGGAAAUCGACGCAGCUGUGGGCGACAGGACGCCGGGUGCGGGCACGGCUUGGCAGAUACUUGGGCUCAGAAUUUGA